GAAAUUCUUUUCAGCUAGCAUAACUUCAGCCGCUGGGCGUGGAUUUACAGUAAAACGAAAGUAGAGGAAAUAAAUCUUUGUGUCCGGGAUGUUUCUCUCCAGUUACACAUAGGUCGCCCUGAUCAAAGUCCUGAGGCUUUGUUUUAACUGGGCAACCAGUACUUGUGAAAACCGCCAUCAUGACGGAUGUGGUGGUGUGCGAAACAUCUGUGAAGUUAAAAAAGGGGGACAUCACUGCUGAAAGUACAGACGCCAUAGUAAACCUAAGUAAUGCAACACUGGACCGCAGCGAUGGAGUAUGUAAAGCCAUCCUUGAUGCUGCGGGUCCUAUUGUAAAGGAAGAAUGUCAAUGUUUAGCAAAACUCCCCAACGACGAAUGUGUUGUGACCUCAGCUGGAAAUCUAAAGUGCAGAAAAAUAAUUCAUCUCAUUGACGUCCGAUCAGACAACAUUGCUACCUCAGUGACGAAGGCUCUUAAGGCCUGUGAUAAGGCCAACAUGGCGACCGUCAGUCUCCCAGCAAUGGGAACAGGAGCAAGUAACUUAAAACCCGAAAGUUCCAUAAGACUGAUCAUGAAAGGUAUAGAAGACUACCUAAGCGAUCCUUCUGUCAUGACCAUCAUCUGUGAGAUCGUCAUUGUUGUCUUCGAACAGGAGAUUUAUGAAAAAUAUCAAUGUUUUUUCCAGAAUUACAAGAAAAAUUACCCUCACUUCUCCGCUUUCGGUAAAAUGAUAGAACUAAUCAAAGGAGACAUCACCCAUCAGGCGGUGGAUUGUAUAGUGAACCUAACAAAUGCCACAUUGAAUCAAUCUUUUGGCGUUUCAGGGGCAAUACUGUCUGCCGCAGGGGACACUGUUAAGGAGGAGUGCAACAACAUUGGUGUUUUAGGAGCAGAUGAAGUUGUAAUUACAAGUGGCGGGGAACUCGAAAGCGAACACAUCAUGCAUAUUAUCGGCCCAACCUCUGUGCCGGCCUAUGAACCUUCCAUCGACAGGAUUCUGCAUGAAUGCCAUGAGAAUGGGUUCACGAGCGUUGCACUGCCAGCCAUUGGGACAGGCAUGGCUCGUGUAGAUGUAGCAGAAUCCAUCAAGGCCAUUCUGAACAGUAUCCUGAACUACUUAUCUGAUACCUUAAUUCCAUCCCUCGAUACAAUCUUCAUAAUUGUCAUUCAGGAAAGUGUUUACAAGAAGUAUCUUGAGGUUUUUCAAGCCAAAAGCACAGAGCUUCAGGCACUUCAAAGGGAAGAAAGGAUAGUGGCGGCAAUGCUUCAUGGAGUAACAAUUCGCUAUCCAAUGAGAUGGACCGACAUUGCGAAAAAAGAAUUUCAGGAAAUAAUCAUUGACAAAACCUCCCAAGAAUACAAAGACGUCAAAGAUAAAUUCCUCGCAACCACAUCAGCAAGUAAAUACGAAGUUACAGAGAUCAAACGUAUUCAGAAUAUAACGUUAUGGCAGAGUUUCACCAUUAACAAGCAAGCAGUGAACAGGAAGAACCCUGGCCAGAAGAAUAUAAGCCACUUGUACCAUGGCACACAUUUCGAUGCCAUUACCAACAUUAACCGUGAUGGAUUCAACCGGGUCUACUGUGGUAUGAACGGAACAGCCUAUGGGAAUGGGACCUACUUCGCAGCUGAGUCACAAUACUCUUGUGGCGACCAAUAUUCUCGUUCUGAUGCUAAUGGGAACAAAUACAUCUACCAAGCCGCAGUGAUAACCGGACGGUACUGUGCGGGAAAAUACUCCUACAAGGAAGCUCCACAUAUCGAUGGUGACGUCAACAAAGGCCGCUAUGAUUCAGUUGUGGAUAACGUUGAGAACCCCAAAGUAUUUGUCGUGUUUCACGAUGAUGUUGCCUACCCUGAAUAUCUCAUCACCUUCAAGAAACGCACAUCGUAAGCUGUUGAGAAGACUGUGUCUCAGAGUAUCGUACUUUUCUAAAACAAGAUUCAUCAGAUAUCAAAUGUACACCGUAUGAACAGUGCAUGUGAAUACUGUGACGUAUGUCCCAGCAAAGUCGUUUGGUAAUCCGCUUUCAGUAUAUGGUGUUCACAAGGACUGUUCAUGCGGUGGUAUAAAGAAGACCAAGGUUCACAAGCAGAGUAAUCUCCUUCAGGAUCAUAAGUGGUCCAAGACAAGUUUGUUCUUUAAGAUGUAGAACUUUUUUAGUAACAGCCAUAUAUACUGCCACAUUAGUAGCAAUAUUAAUAGUAGAAUAUAGUGAGUUUGGAAAUUAUUCACAAGGACAACCCCUUUCCGUACGCCCUAUUAGGAUCUGUAGAUGUUAUAGAAGGGACCCCCUCUGAGGACCCCUUCUGUGAGCAAGGGGGAAGCUACUAAAUAUCAGGCACACACAACAGGCCAGGUUUGUCUGUGCUUUGCAUGGUUGAUUGUUCAGUUCUGUGGCCAUCAUGUAAUACUACAUCUCCCCUGUAGUGGCCCCUGUAGAGUAAAUGGCUCACUCGAACAUCUGCCAGCAUAAACAGCUGAUCACUGGGGGUCUUAGAAGCUGAACAUGUGGUGAUCAUUUG